UCGUCGUCUAAGCUUUUCCUCUCUGGACGUUAUUGUUAGUUCCGAGUUCCGACUAAACCCUAGAUCGAUUCAGUCUAUUCCUGCAAGCGAAUUCGAGGAGCUGAUCGAAGGCUCCAUUCGAAGAAAAUGUCUUCGACUCUACUGGAAGUAACGAGGGCGGGUCACGAGGAAGUAGAGCGUCUCGAGCGGCUUAUAGUGAAGGAUCUCCAGCGUGAGCCUGCUUCAAACAGGGAACGUUUGUUUCAAAGCCACCGAGUUCGAAACAUGAUCGAUUCUAUCAUUUCCACCACUGAGAAACUCAAUGAAAUAUAUGAAGACAAAGAUAACGCAAGGAAGGAUGAGAUUGCUGCUCUUGGAGGGCAGACUGCGACUGGUACCAAUGUGUUUAGUUCGUUCUAUGAUAGAUUGAAAGAGAUUCGUGAGUACCACAGACGUCAUCCAGUCGCACGCGUUGUUGAUGCCGGGGAGGAGUAUGAGGAAUUACUCAAACAAGAACCACAUGUUGAGUUCAGUGGCGAGGAAGCUUUUGGCCGAUACCUGGACUUGCAUGAAUUAUAUAAUGAGUAUGUUAAUUCUAAGUUUGGAGAGCCUAUUGAGUACUCUGCUUACCUGGAUGUGUUUGCGCAACCGCAUAAAAUCCCUCGCAACCAUAAGUUAACCAGACAGUACCGGGAAUAUUUGGAGCAUCUGCUGGAAUAUCUGAUAUAUUUCUUUCAGCGAAAGGAGCCCUUGCAAGACCUUGAUAGGGUGUUCUCAAAGGUUGAAGCUGAUUAUGAAGAACUCUGGGUGGAUGGUAAGAUACAAGGAUGGGAAAAUAAGAGUCAAGAAAAUGGACAUGCUUCAGCUCAGGAUUCUGUAAUUGAUCUAGAUUACUACAGUAGUGUGGAGGAGCUAAUCGAAGUGGGACCUGAAAGAUUAAAGGAGGCAUUGGCUGCUUUGGGGCUGAAAGCAGGUGGUACUGUUCAGCAACGUGCUGAGAGGCUUUUCCUCACAAAGCAUACACCUCUUGAGCAAUUGGACAAAAAACAUUUUGCUAAGCUCUCACGUGGGGUAGAACAAAAUGGCAAUGCUGCAUCUUCACAACAGAUGGAUAAUUCAAAAGAGAUUGCUCUGAUAGAGGCCAAGAUAAAACACCUGUGUGAACUGCUAUAUGAGACAAUAUUGCAAACUAAAGAAAAUGUUGAGAAGAAACAGGCUUUAACAUACGAGGAAAUGGAAGCGGAGCGUGAAGAGGAAGAAGUACAAGCUGACACUGAAAGUGAUGAAGAAGACCAACAGAUCUAUAAUCCUCUCAAGUUGCCAAUGGGAUGGGAUGGCAAGCCUAUUCCUUACUGGUUGUAUAAGCUUCAUGGUCUUGGCCAGGAAUUCAAAUGUGAAAUAUGUGGGAAUCAUAGUUAUUGGGGGCGUAGAGCUUUUGAGCGGCACUUCAAGGAGUGGCGCCAUCAGCACGGGAUGCGUUGCCUUGGGAUUCCAAACACCAAGAAUUUCAAUGAAAUUACAUCGAUAAAGGAAGCAAGAUUGUUGUGGGAGAAGAUACAUGAAAGGCAAGGACUAAAUAAGUGGCGUCCGGACCUUGAAGAAGAAUACGAAGACAAGGAAGGUAACAUCUACAACAAGAAGACAUACACUGAUCUGCAACGCCAGGGGCUGAUCUAAGGAGGAUUUACUGGUGUCUUCAAAUAUUUACUGUUCCAACUGCAUUGAGUAGCUUUACUAAUCCUCGUUGGAGCUCUUAAUCAUGCAAACUGGGAGGACUUACCCUUCAAAGGUUCAACUGAGUAUGGCAGCACUGGUGCUUUGGUAGCUUUUGUGAUGGUUUGUGUGAAGUCAUCUACUGUUGUCCAGAAGAAAAGAUGGUAGAUAAGGAUUUCAUGGCGAAGCUUCAAGAAGUUAUAGCAUGUUUUGGCCUAGGUAUUGUUACUUAAAAAGAGUUGAAACGGUUAGGAAUUCAUUGUUGUGUAUCCUAAUGAGAAUUUACUGUAUGAACGGCAGCCUUUACAUUUUUGUUCAGGGAACACAGAGGUAUCAGCAUCGUUUCUAAAGCCCCUCAACAGUUGCAUGUGUUCCUCACUCCUAA